AUGAAGCGUUUGCUCGGAGAAAAGAAGACAGGCGAACUUCAAUGCACAAAAGAGAAGGCAAACAAGUACAUCAAAGAUAUGUACAGUGACAGCGACCGUCACAAGGAACUGGGCGAGUGCGACAAGUUGCUCACACCAGAUGAUCCUGAACAUGACUUUGAUUGCGCAGAACCUAGGUUGCAAGAAGUCAAGGACAUUGUAAGGAAGGCCAGAGCAUCUUCAGCACCAGGACCCAAUAGAGUACCGUACAGAGUAUACAAGAACUGCCCAAAGAUCUUGAUACGGUUGUGGAAGCUUAUAAAGGUUGUUUGGAGGAAAGAAGAGCUUUGCAGAGAAUGGCUGAAGGCAGAGGGAUGUUUUAUUCCUAAAGAAGAGGAUUCGUCAACCCUUGGUCAAUUCAGGACUAUCUCUUUGCUGAACGUGGAAGGGAAGAUACUCCUCGCUGUCCUUUCAAAAAGAAUGACCUCUGAUUUGCUUCAGAACAAGUACAUAGACACAGCUGUGCAGAAAGGAGGAGUAUCCGGUGUAUCUGGGUGCAUCGAGCAUACCAGUGUCAUCACCCAAAUCAUCAAGGAAGCACGCGAGAACAAAGGAGACAUCGCAGUGAUCUGGCUUGACCUAGCAAAUGCAUAUGAGACUGGAAGUAUGCAUCGUUACCGGGUGCUCAAUUUCAGUGGUGCUGUUCGCAGCAGCCAUGAAUCUGAUAGUGAAGUCAGCGGAGAAGCCAUCCAGAGGACCCAAAAUGACUUCGGGUGUAUCCAACCACCAACGAGGGCAUUUAUGGACGAUAUGACUAUUACAGCAAAGUCGUACGUCGAGGGAAGGUGGAUGCUGCAAGACAUUGGCGAACUUAUCGAGUGGGCCAGAAUGAAGUUCAAACCCCAGAAAUCAAGGAGCAUAGUUUUGAGGAAAGGAAAGAUUCAAGAGAGUGCAAAAUAUAGAAUCAAAGAUCAGCUCAUCCUUACUGUUAAGGAGCAACCAGUGAAGUGCCUCGGGAAGUGGUUUCGAGACUCACUCAAUGAUCAACAGAGUAUCAAAGACACGGUAGUGCAAAUGGAGAACUGGUUGAAAGAUGUGGACAAGUGUGGUCUGCCAGGAAAAUUCAAGGCCUGGAUUUACCAACAUGGCAUCCUACCACGCCUAUUGUGGCCGCUGCUGGUGUACAGUGUGCCGUCAUCAACAGUGGAAGCAAUGGAGAGGACAAUCAGUUUCUUCCGAUAUAAUCGGUUUGAAACGUUUGCUGGCAGUGUGGUCGUCUGCAAAGCCAUAUACAGAGAUGGAAGGAGGUAG